AUGGACGCGGAGGAGGCCGUCGUGGCGAGGGACAUGGCCAGCUUCCUGCGGCAGGACGUGCUUGACGGGCUCGCGAGCACGAAGGAAGCGCUCAUCCAGGCCGAGUCGCGCUGGAUGCGCAUGCAGGGCCAGGAGCAGGCGACGGGCAAGUCAAUGAAGGCGACCGUCAAGACCGAGGGUGCGUCCAUCUUGGAAGCCGACAUUGAGCUCAACCUGCGGCGCGGAUACCUCGUCAACUCCAAGUAA